UAUGGACAACCACUAUUUGAUCGAUCAGUUUUGCCGAAGGCACCUAAAGCAUCGCGAGGACCUGACGUAGAUAUGAGUAAGAUCCCUACUCAGCCACCAUUUACAGCUUUUAUAGGAAAUCUUCCCUAUGAAUCUUGUGAAUCCAAAAUUGAACAGUUCUUUGAUAAAUUGAAGUUUAAUAAUGUACGUUUACCGAAUGAAGGUGGACGUUUACGAGGGUUUGGUUACGUUGAGUUUGAUGAUAGAGAAUCUCUAAUUGAAGCUCUGACCAUGAAUGAAGCGAUGUUCAUGAACAGAAAAAUCCGAAUUGAUUUAGCUGGGCAGAAUCAGAGUAACCAAGGUGAAGGUCGUGAAGGCAGACGUGAUCAUCAAGAACCAGAUAAGCUGAUGUCUGAUUGGAGGAGAGCACCAGCUAAUGACGACCAAGAAGGUACAGAAUUCUUUUGA